GUUGGUGAUGUCAUGGACGGAGCCAAUGGGCGGCUGGAGACGGUUUAAAUGUACGAGUGUCCAGGGGAUAUGGUAGCGAGCUGACAACAAACUGAUUAAAUAUAACUUUGACUAGCUUAAGCUAUUGGUGAUUCUUCCUUGGUAAUCAUUAUACAUCUCUUCGAAGGAGGGAGAGUUUCUGUUCCGUAUCGCUGGAGAUGGAGGCUCAGGACGAGAGAGAUUGGAUUACUAUUGCCAAUAAUCUUCUUCACAAGUGCCAUAUUAAUCAGAGGGUGACAAAGCUUUGUGAGUGUGAUGCAGGUGUAUUUAUUGCCCUUUAUGAAGCCAUUCUUGGUGAAAAGGUCCCAGAUUACAUAGCUACUCCCAAAAGUCAGGAAGAUGAUGUCCAUAACGUACAGGCAGUGAUAGAUUCAUUGGCUUUGGACUACUUGCAAAUCAGCUUGUCGCAUAUAACUGGAGAGAAUAUUAUUCAGAGUGACCAAGAAAAUAUACGGAAUUUGUUAGAAAUCUUUGAUGGUUUGUUAGAAUAUCUCACAGAACAGAUAAGCGAUGCUUCCUCCCAGCACGAUGAUCCUGAUUUGCUGUCUAAUGAAGCAAUAUCUGUAAUAAGAAGUGUACUUCAAGAAGAAUUCAGGGACUCAUACAAAGAGACGGUACCUGAUGCAGGAGCACAUUCAUCAAAAGCUUCAUCAUCUUCUGCUACUACCUGGAAUGGAGCAGGAUCUGAAUCCACCAAUGAGCUCAUCCGACUUGGUGAAUCUGCUUGUACAUACAGCCACAGAAAGAAUGCAGACCUGUCUGAAUAUUAUCAAAUUGUCAAGCAGUCAGAACAAAAGUUAGAAAUAUUGGACCAAGGACAAAAUGGAUUUUGCUGCUUUCCUCUUGGUUCUGCACCUGUACCUGACACUAAUGGAGAAAAAAUGAUGAAACCAGGAAGAUCUGUUGAUAAUUUGCCUUCCAAGGAUCAUUCCACUGGAUUAAUCACUAAUGCUUUGCAGCUUGGGGAGCCCAUUCGACCUGCCAUUCCCUUGCAGUCUCCUUACCACCCUCCUGAGUAUGGGCCUCCAGUCCAAGGUGCACAGUUAAUUGGUUAUCAGUCUAUCUCUGAUACGACAUUAGUGGCUAGUGAGAAAGACCAAUCCGCCAUCCAGACAGGAGAGCUGAAAGUGAAACGAGUAACCCCUGUUCAUAAUGUUCCAGAUGUGCAUGAAAACAUUCCUUCAAAGAUGACACCAUCAAGGUUAUCCCCAGAUUCCAUAAAGGUAUUGGUACCGCAGGAGUCACAAUCUGCAGGACGUGGAACAAAGAAGGACCAAGAAUUGCAGAACACUGCACAAACAACUGUAGCAAACUCUGACAAUGUACAGAAACGUGUUGCCUUUCAAACUCAGCCGGACAUUAGAUUAAUGACCAUGCAGAGUAAAAUGGACCAGUGGGAUUCAGUCUUGGAGGAACAUGGGGAAUCUAACCAUUGGCAGUCCUCAGCAACACUGGAACGCAACCAGCAUAACUUCAGGAAUGAGGAUAGUUCCCUUUCACUUAACCAUAGAGAUCGAGGUGAUAUAUGCACUUUACUUGGAGAUGAACCUCUAUCUCGCCGUAGAGUAAAGAAUAUCCUUGCAGAAGAGGAGCUGCAUGAGAUGUCUGAGCAGCUGUCUCUAAAGCUGCGCCAACUUGAUAUGAUGCUGAAACAAGCUCUGGGUGAGAAGGAUGAAGUUCAUAAUUCCAAGGAAGAAGAUAAAUUGUCUCAACACAGUGACAGUAUCACAGAAUAUAGAAGAGUCCAGCAGUUGCCUGCAAAACAAACCAGGAAGCCAGCACGUGCCCGCUCCCUUUCUCCAUCACCACCACGACAUACCCUUCAAGCUGAAUUUGAAGAUGCUGUCAAUAAAGACUCAAAGGGACAGAUGAGGAGAAUUCGCAGAGAGCUGCAAAAAGAAAUGGACCAACAAAGGAUGAAAGCAAAGGAGGUGAGUGAGUCUUACAAAGAAGAAUUGGUCAACUACAAAAUGAAGGAGAAAUCUAAGCUUGAAAAAGAGAAGAAAAGUGUCAAGAAAGCAGAACAAGAGUAUAAAGAAAAUAUCUUCAAAGAAACACCGAAAACUCCACAGCCAGCAAAAGUUUAUUCUGCAAAUACCACACCACGAAAGCAGAAGCACAGCCAGUGGACACGGGCAGGAGUAACAAAGCCAAAGAAAGCAACUCCUAUGAAGAUACAAGAUAAUGACCUUCUGCCUUUAUUAUUGGAAGAGUUUCCUUAUCUGCCACUAUCUCCACAUGCUAUGAAUAGGAUGUGGAAACAGCAGUUUAAGCAAAUAGAACAGUUGAUCAAGUCUGGUCUUGACGGGGACCGGAGCCAAGCCAAGCUGCAGUCAGCAAUUGAAGAUGCCCAGAAAAAGCAUGAUCUCUUAAUUAAUAUCAUUAAAAAGGAACAGGAUCACAAUCUGCGUCUGAAAGAGUUUAAGGAACGAAUUCGGCAGCAGAAAGCUGCCCAGAACAAGAUGAAGGAGCAAAGGCAGCAAAUUGCCCGUGCCAAGAAAUACUAUAACGACUAUCAUGUUCAACUGCAUGCAAAAAUGAUGAGAGCAAGAACUCGAGAAGAACGGAUUUUCAAAAACCUGUUUGAGGAAGGUUUGGAGAUUCAGAAACAGAGAUUACGUGAAUUGAAGACUUACACCAAAGAGAAACGUCAGGAGUAUAAGAAACAACAAAAGGAAGAGUUGCAGUCAAUGGAGAAUUACUAUAGAGAUCAGUUUUUAAUGUUGGCUGAAACUCUGGCACAGGAGCAGCAGAAAAUUAACGUCCAGGAGACUGCACAGAACAAGGCACUCCAAAAAUGGAAGAAAGAAUUGCGUGCAAAGAUGGAAAAGGAAAUUCGUGAACUUCAGGAAAUGAUAAUACAGGAUGAUGAUGAUGUGUUCUUUAGAGAAUUGGAAGCAGAGAGAAUACAGCAGCAACUCCAGAUGGCAUCUUUCCAGUACAGUAAAAUACCAUUAUAAAUAUUCAUUACUGAGGAAUGAGUUCUUUGGUACCUGAUUUAAACAGGCUCUGGUCAAAGAACUAUAAUUUCCCAAAACCACCUGCAUUUAUUUAACCAGGCAAAUAAAUUGAUUAGUUGCAUGUGAUAAUAUUUGAGCACAAAUCCAUAUUGAAAUCUAGAUCUUUUAAUGCCCUUUGAGUUAAUUUAAGUAGGAACAGAUGAUUACUGUGUACAUACACUAGCUUCUGUUUCACUGUACAUUCUAAGAUGACUUCGCUCAUGUAUUAUGCCGGCUUGGAGAUUUAAUAUAAAUAUUAAUUAUUACUAUUACCUUUUAUCAGUGAACAGAUCGUUCUGUUAGUAGCCUGAAAUGCAGACUCAGUUGUGCCUCAUGUGAAAAGAUUACUGUUAAGAGCCUGCUGCUACUUAGUAUGCAUCAAUGUUUACAAGAUGGUUUGACACUAAUACUGUAAAGCUCAUUCCAUUCAAAUGAUUUUGUACAUUUUUAUCCUGUAUAGUGGAU